CACCGUCAGAGCUCGACGCGCUCAGGCACAACAGAUGGUACACUACUACAGGCUGCAGGAGCGCAAGAAUUUGAUGUAGAAGUACUUUUAUUUCUAUAAACUUCACAGGAACGUUUAGUGUAACAGGAGUUGGGGGGCACUCUGAGGACAAACUCGACUUUGACGGUCUCUGGAUCCUACGUUUAGAGGCGGAAUUUGGUGUCAAGGUCAGGAGUGGCCAUGCCAUUUGGCUGUUUAACAAUCGGGGAAAAGAAGGAUUACAACAAUCCUUCGGAUGUGACAGACAAAUAUGACCUGGGUCAAAUUGUUAAAUCGGAGGAGUUCUGUGAGAUAUUCAGGGCCAAGGACAAAACUACAAUGAAAAUGUACACAUGUAAAAAGUUCCUGAAAAAGGAUGGAAGGAAGGUCCGCAAGGCCGCAAAAAAUGAGAUCCUCAUCUUAAAGAUGGUGAAGCAUCCCAAUAUUCUCCAGCUGGUGGACGUCUUUGAGACCAAAAAAGAGUACUUCCUCUUCCUUGAACUUGCAACAGGCAGAGAAGUGUUUGACUGGAUUCUGGACCAAGGCUACUACUCAGAGCGAGAUACCAGCAAUGUGGUGCGUCAGGUGUUGGAGGCUGUCGCCUACCUCCACUCCCUGCGUAUCGUUCACAGAAACCUUAAGCUGGAGAACUUGGUUUACUACAACCGCCUGAAGCACUCUAAAAUAGUCAUCAGUGACUUUCAUCUUGCCAAGCUGGAGAAUGGACUAAUCAAAGACCCCUGUGGGACACCAGAGUAUCUGGCUCCAGAGGUGGUUGGCAGACAGCGAUAUGGCAGGCCUGUGGACUGCUGGGCUACAGGUGUCAUCAUGUACAUACUGCUGUCAGGCAACCCUCCUUUCUACGAUGAAACUGAUGACGAUGAUUAUGAAAACCAUGACAAGAACCUGUUCCGAAAGAUCCUGGCAGGCGAUUAUGAGUUUGACUCUCCAUACUGGGACGAGAUCUCUGAUUCAGCUAAGAGUCUGGUUGCGCGUCUGAUGGAGGUGGAUCAAGACCAGAGACUGACAGCCCAGGAGGCUAUAAACCAUGAAUGGAUCUCUGGUGGUGCAGCUUCAGAUAAGAACAUCAAAGAAAAUGUUUGUGCACAAAUAGAGAAGAACUUUGCCAGAGCUAAAUGGAAGAAAGCUGUGCGGGUCACCACCAUCAUGAAGAGACUGAGAGCACCUGAGCAGAGUAAUUCAAGGGCAACCAGCCCUGCAGCCGGCGCCCCAGCAGACCCUGCAGCUCCCCAGGCUGCUGCCAACCCCUCUGCACCUUCAUCUGCUGCUGCACCUGAGGGAGCGCCUGAGGGAGCACCUGAGGGAGAACCUGCUGCGGUCACAGAGCUCCCUGCGGGAUCGGAAAUAAGCCAACCAGCACCAGAGGCCGGAGAUGGGGUGGCAGCCUCAGCCGUGGAGCCACAGCAGCCAAGCCCGGCGCCGCAGGAGGCUGAGCCCACAUCACGUUGCAAUGGAGACGCCUCAGCUGCUCUCCAUGCAGGAGCUGAGGCUGGGGAUGAGCAGGGUUAGACCACCCCUACCCUCGCUGCUGUGACAUCUGCAGUCCCCACCAACCCCUGCACACUGUACAUUAGCUGCUAGCAUGGUGACACUGACUCUGCUUCUCUCUCACUUGCAGCAUUAGUAUCAUCUCAUGGAGGCUGUGUGCUAACGUUACCUUUCCUGAGUGCCGCGUUGCAUUGGCUUUCUUUUUACAUGUAUCGUAUCUUUUUUCACUGACCCUCUGGUGUUUUAUGUCAGAUUAUAUAAACCACACCCAUCUCUGCACACUUGAGUUUUAGGGGCAAAACAGAUUUGCUGUCAAGCUGUGGCUUAUAGCUAAAGUCUUCUUUUUGAUUCGUCUCUCAGUGAUAAGAGAAAACAGGAAGACAUAAUUGCGCUGAAAACAGCUUUGAUUCCUUUUUAAUGAGCCAACUUGGGGAACUACUCACUGCCAGUCUUGCAAUUACAGUAUUUGUUCUUAAAAUCAGAAGAAAAGUUUUGCCUCUGAAAUUUUGACCAUUUACUGUAAUAUUCAGUAAGUACUGGUCCUCCUGAAGUUGGAGAAGAUGACAUAUAUUCCUGUUACAGGGGAAAUAUGGCUAUCUCUGUUAUCUGUUAUUGUCUACACUAACUAGUUAUUGUAUGUUAAACAACGCUGAGAUUGGUGACUGGCAGUUUUUAUGCCCAGUACUGUAUUUUGAACUAGGCAGCUUCACACAUAAGCACACACACAAACACUAUGUUCCUUUGCUAACUUCCUGCUCAGGAAAGAACCUCAUAGCUGUAAGUGUAAAGAUUCUGUACAUAGAGACCUUUGUAGAAGUAGCCAAAACAGCAUGCAUUCUCACUUUUUGCUGUUCAUUUCACAUUUACAGCCACUUGGUGGAUAAAGAUGCGCUACUGCCAACUCUGUAUUAUUGUAGGCCACAACACUCUCGCCUCUUGCCACAGGGCAUGUUGAGGUUAAUGUUCUUUUCAAAAGCACACUAUACAUUAUGCUGUCUGUUACUACUGUUCAUUUUGCGCCCCUGCUGUAAAUGUAAGUUAUGUAAAAAAAAAAAACCCACAGUCUUCAUUACAUAGCAGUUCUAUGCAUCCAAAUUAAUUUGUAGCUUUUCUUUUUUAGCAGACUUCAUGACAUCUUUAUCCAUCAUGUGACAGAAAUGAUUUUUUGCUAGAUCUCAGUCUACCUGUAUCUAGUUUGAUUUGAUUCUGUACACUGCAUUAGCAUAUUGACUCUAAUGCCACAUAUGUCUUAAUAUUUGGUUGUAACUGUAAAACAAAAAUUUGCAUUAACUGACCACAUGCGGCUUUCAAGGGAAGACGUGUAUCAUUUUGACUUAGUGGUAACUAGGGCCACCUUCACCAACUCAGCUUUGUUGACCUGUGUUGUACUGAAAAAAAAAAGUAUGAAACAUAUGACAUUUCUGAUCUACUUUAUUUAGUAUUUAUUUAUAUAUUUUUUAUUUCCACAUCUCUUUGUUUUUCAAAUGUUUCAGUCAUUUGUUUAUUCCAUAGAGUUUUCAGCUCAUACUUGAUGAACAGUAAUAACAAUCUAUCAUUUCUUGUCACUGGUCCCCUUGAGCAUUAAUAAUGUGCUACAGAAGGAGUUCUCUGUAAUCACUGUAGAGGAAAUUGAGCAAUAUUUGACUGGCUGCAGAAACUGUGAUUCUUGGUGUCCUUUCGAUACAGUCCAUGUACCUGUAAGUAGAAGUCUAUAGUCCUUGCCAGCUGUCAGGCCCAUCAGGGCCACUUAAUUAUCACAUGGCUGCUGUCAGAUAAGUGUGUGUGUGUGUGGGGGGGGGCCUGAUUUCCUGUGCUAACACACACUGAAUUACGGGUUUCCAUUCCCUGGUCACAUAAAGACAGCAGCCAUAUUGUCAAUAUAAUUAUUAGAUGACUUGUCUGACUUUACCCAACCUGUUGUCAAGAGAAUUUACCGUGCACAUUAUUUAAAUGGAAAUGUGCAUUUCAGUUAAAAAGGGGCUACUGCUCUGGAGAAAAUUUAUCACAUUUAUUAUCUGUAGAAUCUGAAGUUUGACUUUGUUGUUGCAGAGUCUUUUAUUUAUACAUGUAUCUCCUUUUAAUUUGUCCUAAUGUAGAUUGGUAGGCACACCAAUCAUUCAGAUUAUACCACUAUCAUUUCUUACAUUGUCUAAGAUAAAUAUUUAGAUUUUAACAAGAGGCUUAAUAAGAAGAAUAUCAGAGACUUUUUAUGUGAAUAGAUUAUUUCAUGUAGUCCGUUCUCUUUGUUUAGAUGGCAAAUAAAAACUGUUUAAAUACUGUUACACAGUUUAAAGCAAUGCUUUUUUCCAAUACAUUUCUCACUGUAUUUAGUAUUCUAUGUCUGUUCAUUUUGCCAUGCACUUACAGGUGUAUUUGUAGAUGUGAUGUUUGCCAGGACCAGUGGUCACCUGUAGGUCCUGUCUUGCAUUUGUGAGCUCUGUACCGUACUCCUUGACUGAGUUGAUGACUUUGAUGGUAAUAAAAUUUAAUUCAUCUGUUUACUCA